AAUAAAAUCUCUUUCUAACAAUUUCGCUAAACAAACGUACCAAGUAACAGUCUCACAAAGCAAAGAUUUGAGGAACGGAAAAGCAUAGAAAGAUCGGAAUUGCAUUAUUCGCGGCUGAGAUAAAUUCAAUCGUGACUGCACACGGCGGAGGUAUGGUUGCUUUGUUUUAGACGAACUGCGUAAGUGACUAAGCUGUGGUGAAAUUGCCAGGAAUUUGGGGGUUUUAUGGUUGAAUUGAGUUUUGGUGCUAUUUGUUCUUUAUGGUGGGUGUGCUAUUCCGAUUCGGAUCAGUUGCAGCUUGGGUUUUCCAUAUUAUCGCCUGUAUGGGCCAGAUAAUUUUACCAAAACUAUUGCUUGAGGAUAUUCGACCCUUCCUUGGAUCUGCACAAAGUCGUUGCCUUGGCUGUGAUGAAGCCAAACUGACUUCCUCAUAUCAAGAGACGCCCAAAGGGCAGAAUAAUCACCUUGUGGAAACCUCAGAACUUGCCCUAUAUGAUGAUUCUUGGGAUGCCGAUCCUUGUGAGAUUGACAAUAAUACUCGUAGUAGCUCACUGAUACGUAUGCUGAUCCCUGUGCAUGAUGCCCAUUGUUCAACCACUCCGCCUAAAUUUGUAAAUCAUGGGCUUCUUCUCUGGAACCAGACCAGACAGAAAUGGCUAGAGUGCAAAAGGCCAAGACGACUAUCUCAACCGGUGCUCGACCCCAAGUUAAGUUGGAAUGCGAUCUACGACGGUGUCCUCAGCUAUAAGCCCUUCCUCCAACCUGUUCCUCUGAGUGAAAUGGUGGAUUUUCUGGUGAACGUUUGGGAGCAGGAAGGGUUGUAUGAUUGAAAAUAACAUUUCUUGGAUGAAAUUUGAAUAUUAGCUUCUCAAAAUAGUAUUGAAUUGGUACAUUUGUUAGACCGAUCUGUAAUGCGAAGGAAAUUAAAUAGUGAAGAUCAUCGAUUCAA